UACAUCUGCCAACAUGUCUGGACUAUUCAUUGUUUGAAACGUUCUUCAAUAUAUCCCUGGCGCCACCCAUAACACAGUCUAUCGCUGGAAUUAGUUCCUUGAUUAGCCCAGACCAUGACUAAGAACGUCAUUGGUUUUUGGACGGCCACUGUUGUCUCCCUCCUGAUGAUAUUGGACAAGGGUGGCUUUGCAGUCGAAAAUGAUUGUUCCAACGCCCUGGGGAUGCACUCGGGCGGGAUCAGGGAGGGCCAAGUCAGGGCCUCCAGCAGUCGCGACCAGCUCUACGCCGCAAAUAACGGUCGCCUAGGCAACAGCCACGCCUGGAUCCCGGCCUUUAAUAACAACACGGAGUGGCUGCAGAUCGACCUGCUGAUAAAGCGGAAGGUGUCAGGGGUUAUCACUCAGGGUUAUCGUUACUGCAGAAAGCAGCAGAAGUGGAGCAGGUACGGCUGGGAGACGGUGGAGGUGUGUAAGGACUGUUCCGUCACCAGGUUCAAGAUCAAGUACUCCAGUAACGGCAAGUUCUGGGUCACCUACAGGGACCCCGAAACUUGGCAUGACAUGAUAUUUGACGGCGGCAUCAAUGCUGUAGCCACUUGGAAGUUGAACACGCUGCCAUAUCCGGUCGCCACUCGCUACAUCCGCUUCUACCCUGUCCGCUGGCAAAAUGCCGUCGCCAUGAGAGUUGAGGUUAUGGGGUGCAGACUGUCAUCUGUGACCUGUGACAUGCCACCCAGCUUCCCCAACAUGGAGAUAGUGAAAGGGACGGCGCAGAAGUCCUCCUACGGCAAGCGGAUCGUGUACGCCUGUCAGCACGGGUACCGGAUGGACGCCAAACUUCCCAUGUUCGUCCUCAACUGUAACGUCACCGGACAGUGGGGAGGGAAAGUACAACAGUGCGUCCGAUCUGCUGAAGAAUCACCAUCCACAACUGUUAAGCACAUCCCGACUAACACACGACUGCCCAACGACGUACCGUGGAGACCAACACUCCGGAUUACCACGGAAAAGCUCUACACACCCACCCUUCCGGAUUCUGCUAACCGGAAUACGGAAUCUUCCGGAAAGGCCUUGUCAGGUAGAUCUAACAAAGGGAGGGCAGCCAUAAUCAUCCUAGCAGUACUGCUUGCCGUUUUCGUCAUUGCGUUCGCGACCUGGAUCCUUUUUCUAAGAAAACCGAGACAUGUCCAGCCCGACUUUGAGGAGGACACCAGUGUGAAGUGUACGAGAUACAGUACGUUAGACAGCCGCAUCUCCAUAGAGAGUGGUCCGGGGACCAUGUUCGAGAAUAAUCUGUACGGGAGCGGGUAA